CGCCCGUCUCUUCCCCUCUCUUCUUCCUUCCACCACCAUCGUCCUGUGUGCUCCACCCCCCGCAAUGGCCACCACGACCACGACCACGGCUACAAACCCUGCGGUACCGCAGGUCGCCGCAAAGCCCAUGGCAAAGGGCAGCGCGCGCUUCCGCUCGUCGUGGCACGACGAGGCCAAGCAGUCCUCGUGGUCCAUCGCCCACUGGUUCUUCCACCUGCUCGACAUCGACCCGCUGCCGCCCAAGGCGUCGUUCCCCGUGGCAGACAAGGCGGACAAGGUGCCGUACGUGAGCGAGUGGUCGCUCCACCGCUGGAUCGCGCCGCGCCUCGCCGUGCCCCUCCUCCUCCACCACGUCCUCGUCGCCCACUACGGCAUCACCCUGCACCCCGUCGCCGCCUUUUUCCUCUACUCGGUCGCUUUCAAGCUCUUUGGUGUAUCCACGAUGCACAUGCUCCGCCGCGUGGGCGCCCAGCAUGGCUUCCUCGAUGGCCAGGUGCCGCGCGACGGCAUUCCCGACGACUCGGUCGGCAAGGUGGCCAUGUCGCUCAUCAGCACCUCGACCUACCGGCCCAUCCUGGCCGUGAUGCUGGCGUACGACCGUAAUGCGCCGCCGGCACUCAGCUGGAUGGUGCCUGCGCAGCUGACGCUGUACACCGUCGUGCUCGACUUCUGGUUCUACUGGUACCACCGCCUGAUGCACGAGGUGCCGUGGCUGUGGAAGCUGCACAGCACCCACCACCUCACGCGUCACCCCAACGCCACCCUCACCCUCUUUGCCGACGAGGUGCAGGAGAUCUUUGACAUCGCAGGCAUCCCCCUGUUUGCCUACUGGACCAUCCGCUACCUCGUCCCCGUCCUCGGCGGCAGCAACUUUGGCUUCUACGAGUGGUGGUUCUGCGGCAUGUACGUCGCCUUUAUCGAGCUGGCCGGCCACUCGGGCCUGCGCGUCUUUGCGCAGCCGCCGGGCUCGUUUGGCAUCCUCCGCUCGGCAGGCAUCGAGCUGUGCAUCGAGGACCACGACCUGCACCACCGCCGCGGCUGGAAGAAGUCGGGCAACUACGGCAAGCAGACGCGCGUCUGGGACACCCUCUUUGGCUCCAAGAUUGCCCGCGAGGAGUGCACCGAGGACAACGUCGACUGGUCCCAGCGGGUGGCGAUCCCCUGGUAGUGGCUUCCCUCCCUCGACUCACCCGCAAUUUCCCCACAACCAUCGUUCUUACUAAUACCGACUCGAGCAUCCUUGUAUUUAUCGUUCUUUUCUCUCUCUCUCGUCUCAUCGGGUCCCGGAAUAGAAGCGUGUUCUUUCAUCG